UUUUACUAAUUGUUGUUCUAUUGUUUACUUCUAGACUCCUGAUGUUGUAGUAUCAGCAGUAGAUGUUGAUUCCCUCCCUCCUCCUCAAUCCUCUUCCUCUGUCUCUUGCUGCCCCUGCUCCUACUGAUUUAUUCUCUGCACAACUUUGACAUAAACACUGAAUUAUCAAACAAUACAACAGGAUAUGGAGCACCCUAUAAGAAUUACGAGAAUUAAUGGUGAGCUUAUUGUGGAGCUUGCUCCAAGUCAUCCAAGCAUUUUGCUUGAUUAUGGCAUGACAGAGCAAUAUUUGAUGAAUACCAUUCAAGAAGAUGGACCAUUCAAAGUUAAUAUAAUAUUGGAUGAGGAAGAUGUGCCCUUGGCGUUAUACUACUUGGAUCAAGCUGGUUAUGCACCAGAAGGCCAGUAUCUUGUCUAUGAACACACCAAUUAUAGCACCAGUUCCCGCCGUUCCCGUUCCCGCCGUUCCCGCUCUCGUUUCCGGUCAAGGAGGCAGAGAGAUGAACCUUAUUCCCGUUUAAAACCCCGUACCCAUCCCAGGGGAUGGGGCCGCCCAGGGUUUUCCAGAAAGUAAACUGACUAAAACUAAUUUUAAAAG